CUCUCUCUCUCUGCCUCUCCUUCUCUCUCAAUGCAACUCUGACUUUCAAAUAAAACAAAUAAAAUCUUUAAAAAAAAGUCAUUGAGAGGCCUUGGCCGCGCUAAGAUGGCGACUCCCAUGCAUCGGCUCAUAGCCCGGAGACAAGCUGAAGCGAAUAAGCAACAUAUAAGAUGUCAGAAAUGCUUGGAAUUUGGACAUUGGACUUAUGAAUGCACAGGAAAAAGAAAAUACCUACAUAGGCCUUCAAGAACAACAGAACUAAAGAAAGCUUUAAAAGAAAAAGAAAACAGAUUAUUAUUACAACAAAGCAUUGGAGAAACCAAUGUAGAAAGAAAGACCAAGAAAAAAAGGGCUAAGAGCGUAACCAGUUCCAGUAGCAGCAGCAGUGACAGUUCAGCCAGUGAUUCCUCAUCAGACAGUGAGGACACGUCUACCUCAUCCUCCUCUGAGGACAGUGACACCGACGACAGCUCCUCCAGUUCCUCCUCCUCAGCCUCCUCCACAAGCUCUUCGUCCUCUUCCUCCUCCGACUCCGACUCCAGCUCUUCCAGCAGCAGCAGCACCAGCACAGAGAGCAGCUCUGAGGAUGAGCCACCAAAGAAGAAGAAAAGGAAAUAGAGUAGCCGCAGCCGGGGGACUGAUGCCCCGAGAUGCGGCAAGGUUCUGCGAGGGGCUCCCAGGGCGGCCCGGCCGGCUCAGCGAACAGGUCACGAGGCACAGAGUUCAAGUUUCCAAACGUUUUGUGUUGUCAGAGCAUAAAGAGUGUUAAUAAUGGAUUAUAGAGAGAGACUUUUUUAUGUUAAGGGGGAAUCUUGUUUUUCUUUUUUAUCUUAAGUAUGUAUCUCUAUAACUUAAUCAAAGCUGAAAUCCAGUAAAUCUGCUUUUGUGAUUAAAUUUAUGUUUUUCCUCCCUGUGAGGUAAAUGCUGUCUUUUGUUAUAUGUUAAUAGUAUGUUUUCAGCAUAAUACAUCAGAAUAUCUUAUCAAUGAAUUUCUAAUGUUUUUGGCGUGUGUUACUAUGUAAGAUUUAAUACAUUGUUACGAUGAGUUUAGGAAUUUCUUACUGUUGAUAAAUGUGUCCUAUUUUUAUGUUUAUGUUCAAAAAGUUAUUCU